AUGCCCAUUUGGGAAGAAUUAAAGACUGAUGAUGGUCAAAUAUAUUAUCAUAAUACUAAAACACAUGAAACUCAAUGGACAUUACCUGAAGGUGAAGAAUUAAUUAAAUCAUCAUCAUCAAUUUGGGAAGAAUAUAAAACUGAUGAUGGAAAAGUUUAUUAUUAUAAUACUAUAACUCAAGAAACAUCAUGGGAUAAACCAGAUGAAGCAAGUGAAAAAACAAUAGGCAAAGAAGUGGAUGGGGAAGAUGAAUCGGAGAAAGUUGAAUUAGAAAAUGAGUUAGAAAAGGAAUUGAAAGCAAAACCAAUAGAUCAACCUUUUAAUAUAACACAAGAUGAAAAUCAAUUUAUUGAACUUUUAAAAGAACAUCAAGUAGAUUCAACAUGGUCAUUUCAAACAGUAAUGGAAAAAUUAAUAAAUGAACCAAGAUAUUGGUCAAUUGAAAAUCCAAUACGUAAAAAGGAAGUUUAUGAAGAAUAUAUUUUAAAUAAAUUCCAAUCUGAAAUUAAUAAUAAAACUAAUUUAAUUGAAACAUUUAAAAGUAAUUUUAAUCAAGAAUUGGAAAAGCUAUACAAAAAUGGAAAAUUAAAUUAUAAUUCAAGAUGGAUAAGUUUAAAAAAAAAAUUUGAAAAAGAAGAUAAUCCAAUUUUUAAACAUUCAAUAAUACUGGAUGAAGAAAUGAUGAAAAUGUUUUAUAAAUUUAUAAACACGUUAAGAAAAAAAGAUGAAGAUCAAAUAAUCAAAGAUAAAUCACAAGCAAAAGAAGAGCUACUAACAUAUUUACAACUGAUAAAUACUUCAUUAGUUGAAAAUUCAAAAAAUUUUGAGACAUUAUAUAAAAACCUACUAAAUGAUUCAAGAUUUAAACAAAAUAAACAUUUUGAAUGGUUAAAUAAAAUUGAUAUUUUACAAUUAUAUAAAUUUGAAAUAUAUCCAAAAAUUAAUAAAGACUUAAAAAAUGAAAUUCAAAUUCAAGAACGAAAAAAUUAUAGAAAUGAUAGAAAAUCAAGAAAUAAUUUUAAAGUUUAUUUAUCAACUUUACCAAAUUUAAAAUAUAAUUCUAAAUUUAAUGAAUUUUUACCCAUGCUUGAAAAUGAGGAUUCAUUUAUUGAAUUAUGUGGUAGAAAUGGUUCAACACCAUUAGAUUUAUUUAGAGAUUUAAUUGAUGAAAAAAUUCAAAUAUUUAAAUUACAAAAGAAUAAAAUUGAAAAUAUUUUAAUUGAACAAAAAAUAACAGAUUGGUCCAAUUUAAAAUUUGAAGAAUUUUUAAAAACUUUGAAAUCUUUAAGUGAUGAUCAGCUAAGACAAUUUGAUUUAAAUAAUGAAGAAGAAUUACAAGAAAUUUAUGAACUGAUUCAAAAUGAAUAUGAAAUUAAACAAAGAAUGUUGAAAAAAAGAAAAGCUUCCGAAAGUGUUGAACCAGAAGUUGAUGAAUUACCUGAAAAGAAAGUUAAGAAAUCAACUAUGAAUUAUUAA